AUGGGCAUCUUUGCAAACCUCCCUCUGGCCCUAGCACCCGGUAUGGGCUCAAACGCUUACUUUGCAUACACAGUCGUUGGCUUUCAUGGUUCUGGUGACAUACCCUACAGAACUGCCCUAGCUGCCAUUUUCAUGGAAGGAUUGUUGUUUUUGUUCAUUUCGGCUGUCGGACUACGAGCCAAACUAGCUAAACUCGUACCCAAACCGGUUCGAAUCUCGUCCUCGGCUGGAAUAGGUCUAUUCCUAGCUUUCAUCGGACUACAGAAUAAUCAAGGUAUUGGCUUAAUAGGAUACAUUUCAUCUACCCUAGUCACGUUAGCUGCCUGUCCAAGAUUGUCUCAGGCGGCAUUAGCCCCCGUUAUCACUGGAAUUAAUGUGAAGAACAUUAAAGGUGCAAUGAUAUACGGUAUAGUACUGGUAACGGUGGUGUCGUGGUCCCGGCACACCCCGGUAACAGCCUUUCCUGAUAAUGAAUCGGGCACAUUAUAUUCAAUGGCUCGAUUUGCAGGAUUUUCAGAUGCUAACGGUGGUUUUGAGGGUCAAUAUUUCGCUUUCAUGUCCGAUGCUGCAUCAAUUGUAGUGGGGCCAUUGCUUGGUGGAAUUGGAACCUAUAUUGUCUUGCAUAUUUGGGAUUGGGGGCUUGUACUCUUGACAAAAUUUGGAAUUAAUGGAUCAAUAAGCCAAGGGGUGGAUGGAAAUAAUGAUGGAGUUGGAGCCAAUGAGGACCGACAAACGAUUCCGUGA